CGAGCGAUGUGUUCGUGCUUAUGCUUUUCGGAGGGAGAGCAAUUUGGUCGGUGUUGCUCUUAGGGGCGGUUUGCUAUGUUCUUUCGGAGAAUCAGCUUCCAGCCAGAAGAAACGUCCGUCCCUGUUAUCUAACCAAAAACAAAGGGCGAUUACUUGGUCCCGAGCACCUCCAUUCACCUUCACUGAUACCAUGCCGGACAAAGUGACGGAAGCUCGGAAUACACCGCCCGCCAAGGUGUCCUCAUUUUUUAUAGAGAAUCUGCUGAGAAAUAAUGGAAAAGGAAAGCAGUCGGAGAAAAUGGUGGAGAACGCGGAAGAAGUCGUAUCCAGACCAAACUGUUUCCACAACGGAACGGCUGGCAACCAUUGCAUCCAAGGCUGCUGUCAGAUAUCCGGUCAGGACUUCUGUGCGCAGACCUAUCCACUCAGGGGAAAUUCCUUACAGUGGUACAGACAAGCACAGCCGAGAUGUCCCAGUCCAGACAGUUCGAAACGCGGAUGUCCAAGUUCCGAGGAAGAACAGUGUUUUUCUCACACAACCAGUGAUCUGGACUCCCCGCCAGUACUGGACAAAGGAGACAGCCACAAGGAAACUUGUAACCAAGAGAGGGGCGACCCCAGGGAGGGGAAGAGGUCAGAGGCGGAGAGCAACGAGGCUGCAAGAAACCAGGCGGAUGCUGAUCAGAAAUCCGGUCGCAAAAAGAAAACGCGCACUGUCUUCAGCAGGAGUCAAGUUUUCCAGUUGGAGUCCACUUUUGACAUGAAACGUUAUCUAAGCAGUUCCGAGAGGGCGGGCCUGGCCGCUUCUCUUCACCUGACCGAGACUCAGGUCAAAAUCUGGUUCCAAAAUCGGAGAAACAAGUGGAAACGCCAGUUGGCCGCAGAUCUGGAAGCAGUCAAUCUUUCUCAUAGUGCACAGAGAAUCGUGAGAGUUCCCAUCUUAUAUCAUGAAAACUCAUCACCUGGCGCCUUAAACUUCAGUCUACCGCAAGUGUCCCCUCCUCUGGUGAGCUUCUCCAGCUCUGUAAAUUACCCGCUCACAGCAUUCUCUUCUUCUUUGCCUUUUCUACGAUCACAGAUGAGUGGACUUGUUUAGAAAUGACGAUUCCAUCAGAACACCCUACAGUAAAAGUAACAUCGUUAAAGUAACAGUCCUAUGAAACAGAAGAAAAAGGAUAUUUAGCAAAAACACGUCUCCAAUUCCAGCUUUUUGCUUUGCUUCAUUUUUUUAUUGGUACAGAUGUGCAAUAAGUUACUUUGAGGUGCUAUUACUGCAGAACCGAAGAGGAAAAUUGCUUUCUUUUACAGCCUGAGUAACGGCCACACUGUGGUCACUGCACUCACUGUUUCGAUGGCGAAAUAUUCCAACAUAGCCACGGAAGGCAAAACAUACACGUGCACCCAUACCCUAAACUUUAUAUGCCACUUCGACAACAUUUAACUUGCAUACUCAAUAUGUUACUGUGAGAAAACGUCAGAUAUUUUAUUCUCAUAGGUCUCAGUAGAAUGAGCACGAGAGGACAGCAGUGCAAGUUCAAAGUACUCAAUGGGAUUUUAGGACCUAUAUAAUCAUUAAUUACUGGGAACUCUUGGUGAUUUUAUUCUUUUUAACCCCUUGUAGCGAACAAUCCUUGCAUUAUCAAGGUAUACAAUUAUUGCAAUAAACGCUGGCUAACUCCUGUAAAACCCAAGCAAUGCUGCAUUUGAAUCAUAGUAUAAUUGUGCUUUAUUUUAUAUCAGUAAAUUUAAAAUAUGGUUUGCUAGAGAACAAACUCAUCGCCGUACCAAAUACCGACGUGCAUUCUGGAACUAUUUUCUUUCAUUUUAUUUUGCAUUGUAAUUUUAGGUUAAUUCUUUAGAUUUAGAUGUAGCAUUAAUCUGGAAAUUUCCGCAUGAGUUAUUAUUCUCUCUUCAAGACUUAAUAAAUAUUUCUCCUCAUAUAAUGCAAUCAGCAAAUAAUCUUACUUUUAGACACGUCCUUAAAAUAAUUUCUGACCAAUGCCAAAUUUCGACGACGCCUAACAUUCUUGACGUUAAGUAUUCCUCCGCGGAACCUGCACUUUGCACUUGAGUCUGAAGAUAUUAACGCUUUUUUUUUUGCCAAUUCAUUUAUCUGCAACAGCAUAUUCUCAGUUAGAUGCAUCUAUGCUGCUAUAUAUUGAAGACUAACAGGGGAAACUGUCACAAAAAGUCAGGAGAUUCUGUUUCAGGGUUUAUUGUGAAAAUGUAACACAAGACGAGUUUUUAUACAAAAUACAUAGUUAUCAAUCGAUAGAGGUAUUUUCAAUGAACAACAUCGAAGCAUGACGUAAUACACGAUAUCAGUUGCAAUUGAUUUAUAGUUUCCUUUAUUUAU